GUAAAGAGAAAAAUAAAAUCUAAACAGUAUCUUUCAAAAUUUUAAUGAAAAAGGUUGGUAAUAAAACCUUAUAUUCCACUCCAAUGAUCUAUAAUAAUCUAAAAAAUCAGCAACCUAUUUUUCACCAAAAGUACAGAAUCCUCCACCUGAUCAGGUAAAAAUGGGUUCUCAAGGACAGCUAGAAUAAUCUAAUGAGUAGCAUUGAAUUCCUAGAAGUAUGUCAAAAUAGGACAUGUUUAUAAUCUUUCAUGUCCUGUAAGACUUGUCUGGAAUAUCUUGUUCACUGGGGGGUACACUGCCAUUCCAUGACAAUGAAGCAGUAGAGAAAACACUUAACAAUUCAGUACUGAAUUUGUAUUUAGAAACCAAAUUUCACAUAAACUUUUUUAGAUUUUUCUUUGGUCCAUUCCUGAGUUCUGCCUGUCUCUCUCUCUCUCUCUAGCAAAAAGCUUCAACUCCACCAUUGUUGCCAAUUGCUAACAGCCUGUCAGACAUUUGAAUUCUAUUUUAUUUCUUUCUUUGUUGUUUCUCCAAGGAAAGUUUUAAGUUCAACAGACAUUUUUUUAACUUAGUCUAAUUUUUCCCUUCUAAUUUUUGUUUUAUUUUGUUUGGUUUCUUCCCUUCAGUUUUUGCUUAGCAAUAGAUUGCUGUACCUGUAUAUCUUAGUUUUCUUCUUCUCAUAUUGCGUAGAAAACUCAGUCCAUAAAGCCUAGUUUUCAGUCCAGAAAAAGAAUGAGUCAUGGACACUAAUGAAAGAUUUGAUACUAUUAGUACAAACUCAGCUUCGGGUUCUUUGGAUGGAUGUUAUUGCUAGCCAUCGUAGCUUCAAGAGUGUGGAAGAAGAAAAUGGUUUUUGAUCAACCAAAGACUUCGGUAUCUCAUCGUCAUUUCUUGCAGGCAUGGGUAAAGAGUUCGAAUAUGCAGUUGGUUUUCUAGCAUCGUUAAAAAGGAUGCCGUAACAAAUUCAUCAAGUAAUUCUACGAAAAAUUUGAAUAAUAGAUUGCUGAAUCAUAAACUACCUAGUGCUGACCAGAAUCAACACUACAUGGAUAGAUUGUUAGAACAAUAUGACAAAGAAUCAGUGAGGACAACAAUGCUUAAGCAAGAAGAGAUCUUCAAAGAACAGGUACACGAACUUCACCGUCUUUACGUAGUUCAGAAAACGCUUAUGAUAAACAGAUCUAAGGGUCACUCGAAGAAUAGUCCAAGUCCGCGGACAACAGUAAAUCCAGAUCACCAACCAAGAGUAUGGCCUACAAGGACAGGAUUCGAAACUAACAACUGCCAUUUUACUAACACAAACAAUUCUGGGCAUAAUUUUCAUCAAUUGUUCAGUGCAAGGACUGAACCUAUUAACUCACAAGAACAAAGUAGUACUAGUUGUUCAAGAGAUAAUGUCAAAAUGCACAAGGAUUUCGAUCUUGAAAGUCCUGCGGAAGAAUUUUCAAGAGGUAUCGGUAGAGAUCAAAUAGGUUCAAGUUCUAUUACAUCUUCAAAAGAAAAAUUGAAAGUCGGAAACUUGAAUGGGCAACAUUUGUAUACUGAGGGAGAAUCUGAAGUUGAAUUGUCAUUAAGCAUUGGAUUUGGGAAUUCAACUAAUAAUAAGAAGAAGAAACAAAAGAAUUGUCAAUCAAUUUCACCGAUAUAUUUACACACGAACCACAAACACAACCGGCAAAUGGAUUCUUCUUUGUCAAUCAAAGAUCUAGGAGCAGAAGACAGUACAACCGGAAGUUCAAAUGCGACAUUCAAUCAGGAAAGUUUACAAAAACCACCUUGGUAACUUUAAGUUUAAACAGGAGUUGAUAACUAUUUAUGUGUGCCAUUUUUAUGUUCUUCCAAUAUACAUGGAUUACAAA